AUGCCGCAGCCUAAAUCACGAAAGCUCGCCAUCCUCGGCUACCGAUCUGUAGGAAAGUCCUCUUUGACCAUUCAGUUUGUUGAGGGACAGUUUGUCGACUCCUAUGACCCGACAAUAGAAAACACGUUUACUAAAAUGAUCACGAUAAACGGACAGGAGUAUCAUCUUCAGCUGGUGGACACAGCAGGACAGGACGAGUACUCCAUUUUCCCACAGACGUACUCCAUAGACAUCAAUGGCUACAUCCUGGUCUAUUCCGUUACAUCCAAUAAAAGUUUCGAAGUGGUCCAGGUUAUCCAUGAAAAACUGCUGGACAUGGUGGGGAAAGUGCAAGUCCCCAUUAUGCUGGUUGGAAAUAAGAACGAUCUGCACAUGGAAAGAGUAAUCAGCUGCGAGGAGGGCAAAGCAUUAGCAGACUCCUGGAACGCUGCCUUCAUGGAAUCCUCGGCCAAAGAGAACCAGACGGCUGUGGAGGUUUUCCGCAGGAUGAUCCUUGAGGCUGAGAAGAUGGAGGGCGGAGCACAGCCCGGCAAGACUUCAUGCACUGUCAUGUAG